AUGUCGUUCGCUUUUGGAACAGGCUCUACGCCUAACAAGCUUCUCUUUGGUGCUGCCAAUACCUCUGGAGGCUCCACACCCUCUCUCUUCGGAAGCACGACAAACAAUGCAAAUGCAGGCUCCAACACCCCGGCCUCUUCGAACAGCUUCAUCGGUGGAAAUUCUGGCUCAUCCACCCUCUUCAGUGGUGGCUCAUCCUCAAAUACUCCAGCUGCGAGCAAGCCAAGUCUCUUCGGCGCGAUUCAACCAACCUCGGGAGCAACGCAGCCAAGCUCAGGCACCUUCCCCUUUGGCAAUAAUGGAGCAACUAGCGGGACCACCUCAAAUGCUCCAUUAUCUCUGUUUGCAUCGAAACCGGCAACUACAUCUGCUUCAUACUCGCCAGGUCUCUUCGCACCUGCAAGCUCUAGCUCCGCACCUGCGAAGCCGUUAGGAAGUACCCCAACUAGUCAAGAUUCUUUUAACUUUGCCACUGGUAGCUCAAAUCUAUUUGGGGGGCCUAGUAGAAAUACGGCUGGCGGUUCAAAUCUUUUCGGAGUGAACGCUAACCAGGGUGGCCCUUCGCAACAAUCGAAUACGUCCACUUCUUCAACCCUGUUUGGGACUCAGGCAACACCAAAGCCAUCUUUGUUCAAUGUUAGUGGUACAGCACCUGCGCUCUCUACACCAUUCAGUUUGGGAUCAACUCCAGCAGCCACCCAACCAGCAAAUCCUCCAGCAUCCACAGGGGCUCCGCCAAGCAAUAUCGGAGGCGGAAGCGCUGGCAAUCUCUUCAAUCUAGGCAAGCCCAAUGGACCUACGCAAGGCUCAAUAGCUGCAACCUCUAGCGCACCUCCUAUUACUUCUGCUGGAGCCACUCCUACUCUUUUCCCAGGCCUCGGAAACAACACGACAACAAGCUCUGCUCCAGCGUCCACGAAUACUGCAGCCCCAUCCAUGUUCUCCGGAUUAGGAAGCAAAACAACAACCACAUCCGUGCAGCCUUCUACCUCAACUACAACCACAGCACCUGCUGCUGCUGCAGCUAGAGGAACAAGUGGUAAUGGCACCGCAAACCCACCCCCUGCCACCAGCGGCCCUACUGGAGGCGACGCAACUAAAACCACAACCACCGGGCUUGGUAGUUCAACCGCCGGGCCCACGCCUUCCACCCAAUCCCGCCUCAAGAACAAAUCCAUGGACGAAAUCAUAACGCGCUGGGCAGCAGACCUUUCCAAAUACCAAAAAGAGUUUCAGACACAAGCCGACCAAGUCGCGCUAUGGGACCGCGCCAUUGUCGAAAAUUCAGACAAAGUCACAAAACUCUAUUCCAAGACUUUCCAAGCUGAACGCGAUGCUGCGGAACAAGAGCUAGAAGCUUAUUUAGACAAAUAUGAGAAGGAAGUCGAGGGCAUGAUGCAGAACCAUGGAAUGAGUGGAAGCGGGCGUUCGGAUGUUGAGAAAAACAAUUCUGAUCCUGAUUCUGACCCGUUUACUAGGUACAAGCUUGCCGAGAAAUUGCAAGAUCGGCUUAAUGAGCUAAACAAGGAUCUCACAGAGAUGAUUGAGGAGAUUAAUAGCACGAGUCAGACGCUCAGUAAGACGGGCAAGCCGGAUGAUCCUUUAACGAAAGUCGUCCGCGUCCUCAAUGGCCAGCUCGCUCAACUCCAACUCAUUGACUCCGGCGCUUCACAGCUGCAAGACAAGAUCAAGGCCACCCAGAAGGAGAGCCACCGUGUUGGAGCUAAUGGUUGGAAUGGUCUUGGCACAGAUCCGACUGAAGACUUCUAUCGGAGCUUUAGGGGUGGAAGGGGUGAGCGGUUUGGAGGAGUCUCGUGA